UAGUGGAAAAAGAGAGAGACAAAAGUCGAACGGAAAAUUCUAAUUGUGAUAAAAAUAAUAGAUUUGUAAUUGACUCACCGGCUUUUCCUCGUGCUAUUUUUCUGACAUUUGUAAGUUGUAAUAAAUGAAACUCCAUUUUUCUCACAAAAUUAACCAAACUCUUUUCAAACCACACCACUCUCAACCGAUGUUGCCGCGUUCUUUGCCUCGGAUAAUACUUCUAUAAUCCAUUUUCCAACACUCUCUUUCCUUCUAUAUAUUUACAUUUUUGAAUAACCAACUAAUUUCAUUUCUUCACACUUAGUUACUCCGAUUGUUGGAAAGAAAUUUCAAGUUUCUGGAAAAAAUUAGGGUUGAUUUGUUGAUCAAUUUGAUCAAAUGAAAGUAAAAGGACGAGGAAAUUGGAACUCCGGUCGUAAUCUGGGGUUACCGACUGUAUUUUUCCUCUGUUUCUUCUUCUUUAUUGUUGGAUUUUUCUCUUGUACACUCAUUUUUCAGAUUUCUUCGAGUGCUGGAUUAAGACAGAGAAUGCUUGAAUCGACGGAUGUUGAAGAUACGACAACACUUGAUCUUGUUCCUUCUGGAGAAUCCGGCGAUGAUUCUAUUACUUCCAUUCCUUUCCAGGUAUUGAGUUGGAGACCACGUGCAUUAUACUUUCCUAACUUUGCUAAUGCAGAGCAAUGUGAAAGUAUCAUCAGUAUGGCAAAGGCACAACUCCGGCCAUCAAAGUUAGCUUUACGGAAAGGAGAGACCAUGGAGAGUACGGAGGGUGUUAGAACAAGUUCUGGGAUGUUUAUUAGCGCGGAUGAAGACAAAACUGGAAUUUUUGAUUUAAUUGAUGAGAAAAUUGCAAGGGCCACCAUGAUUCCCAGGUCAAAUGGGGAGGCAUACAAUGUCCUACGCUACGAGGUCGGGCAAAAGUAUAAUUCUCAUUACGAUGCAUUCAAUCCUUCUGAAUAUGGUCCGCAGAAAAGUCAAAGGGUUGCUUCUUUCUUGCUAUACUUAUCCGAUGUUGAAGAAGGUGGAGAAACCAUGUUUCCUUAUGAGAAUGACAACUUAGAUUUCAAUUAUGAUUUUAAAGAUUGCAUUGGUUUGAAAGUGAAGCCACACAGAGGAGAUGGAAUUCUUUUUUACUCAUUGUUCAUAAAUGGAACUAUCGAUCCUACUUCAUUACAUGGAAGUUGCCCGGUUGUCAGAGGGGAAAAAUGGGUUGCGACAAAGUGGAUCAGGGAUCAAGAACAAGAAGAAUAAAACGAAGUACAUUUGUAGAUUAGUAGUUAGGAGGGAGAUAAAUUUUUUUACCAUACCUGUAUCAUUCAAUACUCAAUUUUGACAAAGUGUAUUUAUAAACUCUCAAGUGUAUGCUUGAAUAAAGUUAUACAAGAAUGAAAUCAAUUUCUG